UUAGAUUGACAUCAUUUCCUUAUCAAGGGGGUGGGCAGGUGUCUCUCAUAAGGACACAUACUUUCUGGCAAAUGUAGUAAAGCAAAAACAUGGCUAGAAAGGAUUACAUACAAGGCAUCUUAUUGUCCUUUAUUCUAUUUUGUGUUCGUUGUGUAGACUGUGAAAAUGUGGCAACUGGGACAAAUUACACUUUAAAGUCAGCGAUAACAGGACCUAUUGAAUUGGGUGACUGGAAACACAAUGGCAAUUUGGUGGUUGAGUGGGACGUUAAAAGUGCGCCUGUGUGGUACCGAUUAAAAGACCGAGCACAGCUUAACACUGACAAUGGAGACCUCACAGUUUGGCUAAAUAAGGAAGACAGCGGUAUAUUUAUGGCCGAAUUCCAGGUGCAAGGGGUUCUGCAGAAUUUUGAACGUACAAUUAAAGUGAUUGAUCCAGUGACUAAGCCAAAAGUGACUUGUGAGCAGAAUGACCUAGAUAUAACACUCAAGUGUUCAGUGGACGAUCCAGUGCAGGCACUGUUUACAUGGUCCGGACCAGAUGGGUUCUCUCAUGUUGGGGAUAGUGUUCAAAUCACCAGAAAACAAAAUGAUGACUCAAUCUAUUACUGCUCUGCAAAAAAUGAAGAGAGUGUAAUGUCAGCAGAGUUCAAACUUAAGGACUGUAUUUCUGAGGGUUGUGUAGACUGUGAAAAUGUGGCAACUGGGACAAAUUACACUUUAAAGUCAGCAAUAACAGGACCUAUUGAAUUGGGUGACUGGAGAUACAAUGGCAAUUUGGUGGUUGAGUGGGACAUUAAAACUGGUUUUCUUGAAUGGUACCGAUUCCAAGACCGAGCACAGCUUAACCUUGCCAAUGGAGACCUCUCAGUUGUUCUGGAGAAGAAUGACAGCGGUGUAUUUAAGGCCCAAUUCCAGGUGAAUCGGGUUCUGCAGUAUUUUGAACGUACAAUUAAAGUGAUUGAUCCAGUGACUAAGCCGGAGGUGACUUGUAAGCAGAAUGACCAAAAUAUAAAACUUACGUGUUCACUGAAACCUCCAGUGAAGGCAGAGUUUAAAUGGACUGGACCAAAUGGGUUCUCUCAUGUUGGGAAUAGUGUUCAAUUUCUCGGAAAUGAAAACGCAGACUCAUUCUAUUACUGCACUGCAAAAAAUGAAGUGAGCGAAGAGUCAGCAGAGUUCAACCUUAAAAACUGUGAAGAUCCAGUUUCUUAGCCAAAAGUGACUUGUGAGCAGAAUGACCUAGAUAUAACACUCAAGUCUUCAGUGGGUUUACAUGGUCUGGACCAAAUGGGCUCUCUCAUGCUUGGAAUAGUGUUCAAAUCACCAGAAAAAUCAAAAUGAUGCUUCAAUCUGUUACUGCUCUGCAAAGAAUGAAGUGAGCGUAAUGUCAGCAAAGUUCAAGCCUAAGGACUGGAACCUAAUUACCAAGGUAUCUGAAGUCUGUAACCUAGUGAACCCGUGAUAAUAUAUUCAUCGAGAGAGAGACUCUUGUACGUCGCUCUGGAUAAGGUCGUCUGCCAAAUGCCAUAAAUUUUAAUUUCUUGUUGCCUUAUAUGCAGAUUUCUAUAAUAUUGUUAUAAUAAUGAAUAUUGUGUAAUAAAAAGAAUCAGCUUUAUAAUGUGUCAUAUAUAGUGUACAGAUAGAAAGCAAAAAAUAUAUGGCAUGUCCUGACAAAAUGUGCUGGUAAGAAGAUUUUUGACAGAAGUUGACAGAAGCAUCAAGCAGCCAGAAGCAGCUUUGCUUUAUGUUACAGAUGAACAUUUUACAGGACUAAAGAUGGCCAGCCAAGCACAAUGAUUCAGAUAAUACUUUCCAACUAUUGUUGAUCAAAAAUUGGACAAAUCAUAAAAUUGGACAAAUAGUGCUCAUAAAAUCCCAUCUCAUACUGUAAAUGCCACAAUUCAGCACCUCUCUUAAAACCCUGCCUUCAUCACCAGCUAUUUCAGUGUGACACUUUCCUCAUAAAUGUGGUCUAAGAUCUUUGAGAAUCUGUCCAUGAUAAAGAAACAUUUUCUUUACUUUUUCCCUGUGAAUGCUGGGUUCAUCUCAGGUUCCUGUAAGAGGACAUGAAGGAAAGGGUGUGGAUGACCAAAAUAAGGUAUAAUCAAAAUUGGAGUCCUCCAUCUCAGGAGUAUAUCUUCUAGGAAUGUCACAGUUCAGAUUUAUUUAUUAGCACCUACAAAAUCUGGUCCUUACCAUUUUCUAUAUACAUAUGUCUUCAUUGUAUAGCAAAACAAAAUUGGCCUUGCUGUUACUUUCAGAGCGCUUUGUUCAUGAAAGCACAAAUAGAUAUAAGAAACAGCUGUUUGUAGCCUGUAAUUGCCCACAAGUGAUACAAUACAUACGAAGUACUAUUUUGUUCAGAGAGCAGAUUAAACAAGCUGUAGACUGAUAUAGUUAAUUAGAUAAAUAAAUAUAAAUACAUGUAUCAUAUAACUAAUUAAGCAGUGUACACAAAUAAAUAAAUAAAUACAUAAUUAAAUCUAAAAAAAACAAUGCUGUUAUGCUUUAAUGCUUCUCAUGUCCCAGUAGUCUGUAUGCAGUUAUUUUGGAGCUGCAUGAAUUGAUAUGAAGUGUAACAGGUGAAAGCACUAAAUUGCACAUUUAUUUGUAAUUCUGCAAAUAUCCACAACCAAAAGAAAUACUAUAAACAAUACUAAAUAAGUCUAAUACCAGUUUGAAUUAAAACCAGUAAAUAUCCACCUUCACACCAUUCCACUAUUCACACAAUAAGCUAAACAUCGGUUAUUAAACACAUUUCUUUGUGUGUGUGUGUGUGUGUGUGUGUGUGUGUGUGUGUGUUUGCGUGCGUGUGUGUAUAUGAAUACAUACAUUUAUUUAUUUAUGAAAUUAAUAUGAAAUAUAAAACAGAUAAAUAGAUAGAUAGUUGGUAUUAUUUGUUCAUAGUUAUUUGUUCAGAGUUAUAUUGGAUAUAGCAGUGACACAAACAGCCUGAACCUCCUGUGUCUGACAUCAUUUCCUUAUCAAGGGGGUGGGCAGGUGUCUCUCAUAAGGACACAUACUUUCAUACUUAAGUCAAUAAACUAUAAUGUCAUUCCAAAUUUGAUAUUUUAAAAUGUAUUAUAAGCUAAACAUAUGUUCAUUUUGUAUUUUACAUACAAUUCUGUUUCAUUCUGUGUUCCGUUUGGUUGUGUAGACUGAAAAUUUUAAAACUGGGACAAAUUACACUUUUAAGCCAGCGAUACCAGGAGCUAUUGAAUUGGGGUACUGGAGACUCAAUGGCAAUUUGGUGGUUGAGUGGGACGUUAAAAGUGCGCCUGUGUGGUACCGAUUAAAAGACCGAGCACAGCUUAACACUGACAAUGGAGACCUCACAGUUUGGCUAAAUAAGGAAGACAGCGGUAUAUUUAUGGCCCAAUUCCAAGUACAAGGGGUUCUGCAGUAUUUUGAACGUACAAUUAAAGUGAUUGAUCAAGUGACUAAGCCAAAAGUGACUUGUGAGCAGAAUGACCUAGAUAUAACACUCAAGUGUUCAGUGGACGAUCCAGUGCAGGCACUGUUUACAUGGUCCGGACCAGAUGGGUUCUCUCAUGUUGGGGAUAGUGUUCAAAUCACCAGAAAACAAAAUGAUGACUCAAUCUAUUACUGCUCUGCAAAAAAUGAAGAGAGUGUAAUGUCAGCAGAGUUCAAACUUAAGGACCAAGGUAUCCGAAGUCUGUAACUUAGUGAACCCGUGUUAAUAUAUUCAUCAAAAGAAUUGUACGCUGCUCUAUAUACAUUUAAUAUAGAUUUAAUUGUAAAUGACCAUCCUGUUGCUAUUUCAGAGCAACUUGUUGCCUUACAUUCUACAGUUUUCUAAGGAAAGGGUUAGCAUGGGUUAACACCUAACAUGUUAAGGGCAUAUAGUUUUAAACUUCUUUGCAGUUUUUCAAGAAGUGUUAUUUUUAGCAUUCAAUAAUCCCUGAUAAGGAACAGAAUACACAAACAUUUCACCUGUGAUUAUUCCAUACUGGAAACAUUCAUUCAUUCAUUCAUCUUCUACCGCUUAUCCGAACUACCUCGGGUCACGGGGAGCCUGUGCCUAUCUCAGGCGUCAUCGGGCAUCAAGGCAGGAUACACCCUGGACGGAGUGCCAACCCAUCACAGGUCACACACUCACACACACUCAUUCACUCACACAAUCACACACUAGGGACAAUUUUCCAGAGAUGCCAAUCAACCUACCAUGCAUGUCUUUGGACCGGGGGAGGAAACCGGAGUACCCGGCGGAAACCCCCGAGGCACGGGGAGAACAUGCAAACUCCACACACACACAAGGUGGAGGCGGGAAUAGAACCCCGACCCUGGAGGUGUGAGGUGAACGUGCUAACCACUAAGCCACCAUGCCCCCUCAUACUGGAAACAAUCAUUAAUUAUUAAUGCUAGUAUAUGUGCAGGAUAUGAGCAUGCACCUGUGAAAGAAGAUCUUUGCUGAGUUGUUUUUUCUUCCACUUUCUCUCUGGUAUUAAUACUUUUUGAUUGCUAUGGAACACAAUAACCCAAUGCCAAAGCAACAGUGCAAAGAAUCUUCCUGGGUUUAGAAGAUAAAGGGUAGAGGAUGUCUAGAAACAUGUGAAGAGAAAUGAUCUGUGGCUAACUUCAACAUAAGGAAGGAAAAAGUGUCAGUGUAUGGAAGGGAUGGUAUGGGGCAGGAAGCUACAGAGAAAGGGCAGAUAGAGUGGGGUUUAGGUGAGUGGUGUGAUGAAGAUGAAGGAGAAGUUGUUUGUGACUAAGAAGUUCUGACCUUCUGUGUAUGUGACUAGAAGUUGUAUACCAAAUGUUGUUUGUGACCAGAGAUUGUUUGCAUGAAAUGUUAGAGGGUCAAAAUGCACUGGAUACAAGAUGGUGAGACUCAAAGCUAAGAAUCAGCUUAGGCAGACCUUGGUUAGGGUUUCCUGAUCAGGUGCUGUAAUGUAGCCAGUGACUGACUGUGUUUUUCCUGCUUUGUUUCUGUGUUUGAAUCAUGUUUAUAAAAACUCAGUUUAACAAAUGAUAUGGGUUCUUCCUCUUUGAGAUUUCCAUGGAUCCUGUUGUGCAGCAGUACAAAUAAACUGCGGACCUUUUUACUUU